AUGAAGUUAUGCUUAAAGGAGGAUUUAGGAUUUCUAUACAAGGGGAAAGUUCUGGAAUGAAGGGAUAGAGGAGAAAAUUUGAUCAUGCUGGUAGCGAAAGAAGAUGAGCAACAAAUUCUUGCAGAAAAAGGAAGAUGGCUAUGGAAUGAUGAAGCCUAUUUCAAAUAUCGACCUAUUAUGUUAAUGGGGUGCAGGAUUAUAGACAUUACAGACUCAGGAUCAAAGUAG